GUGUUUCUGGCUUCAGCUCACUGUGUGUUGUUGAUCCUCCUGAAACUCUCCUGCUCAUUCAGGUUGGGGUUUGGAGCAUGCAGAACAUGCUGACAGUGAUUGCAAACGCAUUCAAGGCCGGUGCCAAAAUAAAUGGUGCCCAGACAGUGUCAGAGGGCUCCAGAGUGAUGGUAUCAGCACGUUCUUUUGCAGACUUCACACCUCAGGCCAGCUUUGACAUCAAGAGGUGUGACCUUCAUCGCUUGGAUGAAGGGCCUUCGGUGCAGACGGUGCUCACCAGAGAGGAUGGACUCAGAUACUACCGCACUAUGCAGACCAUGAGACGCAUGGAGCUGAAGGCAGAUCAGCUCUACAAGCAAAAGAUCAUACGAGGCUUCUGUCACCUGUAUGAUGGCCAGGAAGCCUGUGCUGUAGGCAUCGAGGCUGGUAUCAAUCCCACGGAUCACGUGAUCACCGCAUAUAGGGCUCAUGGUUACACCUACAUCAGAGGUGUGCCUGUGAAAGAGAUCAUGGCAGAGCUCACAGGCCGAAGGAGUGGUGUUGCCAAAGGGAAGGGCGGCUCUAUGCACAUGUAUGCCACCAAUUUCUAUGGCGGGAAUGGUAUUGUUGGUGCCCAGGUUCCUCUUGGGGCUGGUGUGGCCCUGGCAUGCCAGUAUCAGGGUAAGAACGAGGUUUGUGUCACUCUGUAUGGGGACGGAGCUGCUAAUCAGGGCCAGAUCUUUGAGUCAUUUAACAUGGCAGCUUUGUGGAAACUCCCCUGCAUUUUCAUAUGUGAGAAUAAUAAAUACGGUAUGGGGACAUCAGUGGAACGGGCCUCAGCCAGCACAGACUAUUAUAAGAGAGGAGACUACAUUCCUGGCAUAAGGGUGGAUGGUAUGGAUGUUCUCGGUGUGAGAGAGGCAACCAGGUUUGCAGCAGAUUAUUGCAGAUCUGGAAAGGGUCCCAUACUAAUGGAGCUCCAGACAUAUCGUUACCAUGGCCACAGCAUGAGCGAUCCUGGGGUCAGCUAUCGCACACGUGAAGAGAUCCAGGAAGUUCGUAGUAAGAGUGACCCUAUCUCUAUGCUGAAGGACCGCAUGAUUAGUAAUAACAUGGCUAGUGUGGAGGAAAUCAAGGACAUUGAUGCAGAGAUCCGUAAGGAGAUAGAAGAAGCAGCACAGUUUGCUACCUCUGAUCCAGAGCCCCCGCUGGAGGAUUUAUGCAACCACAUCUUCUACAACGAUGCACCCUUAGAGGUCAGAGGCACCAACCCCUGGACGAGGCUGAAAUCCAUGAGCUAAGGAGACUGAUGAUGAUUCAGCACUUCGUUCAUUAUAGUACAGGAGCUCUGCUCCUAUUCCUAUACGCACAAAAACAUGGAUGAAGUCCAUAAAGUCCUAACUACAUUCCAUAACAGCUGUUAUUUAGCAGUUAGUUUGGCAGACUGUUAAUACAUUAGAAAAGAUAAUAGCACAAAAUACAGCAAUCAGUGGACCCUUUUCACAGACUGUCAAUGUGAUGACGCCUUUCCACAAUUAUCAACAUCGCAAAUCUACUAAAGUUUUUCAUAUUUUAAUUGUUUAAAUAUUUAAUACACAUUUGUAACUCUAUACUUUGUGUUAUAUUACCUUGACAGUAAAUGACAAACGCUGUUUCUAAUACAACAGCUGAGGGAGUGGGUACAAAUCUUUUUCUCUUCUAACCAGUGUAAUCAAUAUGUAUUGUUUUUCUCUUUUGGAAACUCAUGUAAAUGCUAUCAUGACAUUUUUAUUUUGCUAUCGAAGCAAAUAGGAAUACAAAAAUGAUAUUUCCUGUCGUCUCAUGUUAACCACUAUAGAAGUUUACCCAACUAUGAUGACUUCUGAGAACUCUGGAAAUGUGAAAAGGGUCCAUAUUUAGAGCAAUAUUGGAAAAAAUAUACUAUAACAAAUUAAUGGGCAUCAUCUUUACCUGUAGAUGAGUAAAAAUCAAAGGGCACAUACAUGGUUUCUGAAUUAAAUGUUUUAAAAAUGGAAACGAUUAUACAGUUCUUAUUAAUUAAUAAAUAUGCAGUAAUUUGACUUACA